AUGAACUCCACGUGUCUUCAUGCGCCAUCAAGCCGCAUGAACUUUCUGCCCAAGCCAAGGCCAGUCUCAGCCUGCCUUUCCCAAUCGUAUACCCAUUCCCUUAAGUACCCCCACACGAACAAGCAGAUGCGCAUUCCGCACCCAAGCCGUCCUCUAUUCUCUGUAGCCCAACGUUAUCUCUCCACCUUCACCUUCACCUUCUUCUCUCUAAAUCCUCUCUCUCAAUCCUCUCUCCGAACCCUAGCUUCAACCAUGGCCUCAGAGAACUUCUCAUCCGACGCCACCUCUGAUGUCGUCGCCGAUGAAGUCAAGUUCGGGUUCCAGAGAUCCGAAAUGUACAGUAGCAACCUCGCCGGCACUGUUGAUCCCUACGACCGCCACGUGUUCCUCUCCUACAAGUCUUACGAUUCUUGGCCUCCUCGUGUCGAAAACUCUGAUACCGAUCUCCUUCCCAAGCUUCUCUCUGAUGCUCUUAAAUCUCGCAAGAACGACAUCAACGUCAAGACUCGUUUGACGAUAUGUGAGGGACGUGAUGGGAGCGGAUUAUCGGAUGGAGAUGUAUUGAUUUUCCCUGAAAUGAUCAAAUACAGGGGUCUGAAGGAGUCCGAUGUGGAUGGAUUUGUUGAUGAUGUGCUUGUGAAUGGCAAACCGUGGGCUUCUGGAGUGCAGGAGGUGUUGAUUGGUUCACAUGUUUUUGUGUGUGCUCACAAUAAGCGAGACCGACGAUGUGGUGUUUGUGGACCUGUUCUAAUUGAGAAGUUUAAAGAGGAGAUGGAAUUAAAGGGACUGGAGGAUGAGGUGUUUGUGACUGCUUGCUCUCAUGUUGGGGGUCACAAGUAUGCAGGGAAUGUGAUAAUUUUCAGUCCAGACUCAGAAGGGAAAAUUUCUGGGCAUUGGUAUGGUUAUGUCACCCCGGAUGAUGUACCAGAUUUGCUUGAUCAGCAUAUUGGGAAGGGAGAGGUCAUUGAACGACUUUGGAGGGGCCAAAUGGGUGGACGUGCUGAGGAAGCUGACAAGUUGGAUGAACAUAAGCUUCCAAAUGGAGAAGCUCUGGAGCAUAGCGAGACACCUCAAGAAAAUGGCAGUGAGGAGAAAAGGGAAAGUGUGGCAAACUGUUGCCAAGGUGGUACUGGAUUCUCAUGUUGCAGAGAUGAAAGUUUGGAAGAAAAACAGGGAAAGAAUGGGCCGGUAAGACUCACGACCUGGGUAGGAAAAUGGGAGCAACGUGAAGUUCUUACAGCUGCUGCUGUGGUUGGAGCCGUGGCUACUGUUGCGGUGGCUUAUAGCUUUUAUAGAAGGUCCAAGUGA